AUGUCUCCAGAUAUUUUCCACACCAUUUGUAGAUCAAUGGAGAUAAAGAUAAAAGUAGAAGAAAACAAUUGUUCUGUAAAUAAUGGUCUAGAAUUUGGAAUUAAAAUUAAUUCUUACCCAGGUCAUAUUAAUAUAACUUGUCACAAUCCAAAUGUUUCAACACCAGAACUCUGUCCCCGGGGUACAACCACCAGUACAAGUCAAGUAACGACCACAAAUCCAGUAACAACUACAAGUACAGUAACAACCACUAACAAAAGUAUACAGACAUGCCCGGUAACAGCUACAAGUGCAGUACCAACUACAAGUACAGUACCAACUACUAGUAAGGUAAUAACUGCAAGUCCAGUAACAACUACAAAUACAGUACUAAGUACAAGUGAAGUAAUAACUACAAGUCCAUCAACAACUACAAGAACAGUACUAAGUACAAAUGAAGUACUAAGUACAAGUGAAGUAAUAACUACAAGUCCAUCAACAACAACAAGUCCAGUAACAACUACAAUUCCAAUCACUAUGACAAGUUCAUUGAUAACUUCAAUUCCAGUAACAACUACUACAAUGCCAAUGACCAGUACCGUACCAACUUCAAGUACAGUGACAAUCACAAGUACAACAACCUCUAAAAUCUCAGAUAUUGCUCCAACUGGAACAUCUGUAGAAAUAUCUUCAACUGAAAAAACAUUAAAAGGAACUACAGAUAAUCAGAAUGAAAUAACUACCAGCGUUGCAGUCGCAGAUGUUCUUGGUAAAAAGCUAAAAUAG